AUGGCGCUGCUCCCUCCAGGCAUGGCUUUCAGAGGAGCAGCCCGAGGCUGGAGUUCAGCCACGCAGCUCAGGCUCCAGGACUGGAGGGGCCCACUGGUGAGCCAGGAGCUCUUGGGUCUUGGGGUCUUGGCGAGGCCCAGACUAGAGGUGGCUGGCUGCAGGGGGUGUCCUGAGGCCCCCAGGCACUUCCGGGGGAGGAAAAAUCGCUGCUACAGUUUGGCGGUCAGAGCCGUGAUUCGAGCCUUUGUGAAAUGCACCAAAGCCCGAUACCUGAAGAAAAAGAACAUGAGGACCCUCUGGAUUAAUCGAAUUACAGCUGCUAGCCAGGAACACGGCCUGAAGUAUCCAGCGUUCAUUGGCAAUUUAGUUAAGUGCCAGGUGGAGCUCAACAGGAAAGUCCUAGCGGAUCUGGCCAUCUACGAACCAAAGACUUUUAAAUCUUUGGCUGCCUUGGCCAAUAGGAGGCGACACGAAGGAUUUGCUGCUGCCUUGGGGGAUGGGAAGGAACCUGAAGGCAUUUUUUCCAGAGUGGUGCAGUACCACUGAGGACUGUUGCUGUAUUGAUUAGGAAAAGACACAGAGUCAUUUGCAGUUUGUUUGAUUUGUUCUUUUGUCUAUCUACAUCCCAGUAACAGGCAUGAGGGAAGGCCCUGUCUCUGGGACAGAGUGUCACAGAUGACGUCCGUGUUUUGUGUGAAUGAAACUCAAACACU